AUGAACGAAGCGGUGCCCUCAUACGAAGAGUCGGAGGCCUCCUUCGCGCACUCUGACAAGAAAGAGGUGAACUUCAUCCCGCCGCCGCCGUCGUUGCUCCCCCAGCAGCUCGCCGAAACGCGGACACAGCGCAUCCAGUCCAUCCUCACGACUUACAUCGACCCCCUCCUCUACUCUCAGGGUGCGGCCGGCCUGUACAAGACCACCUUCAUCCUUGUUCCCUCGACCGUGGCCAGUCUACAGGACUCGCCGAGCAAUGCAUACACCACCCCCCAGGAGCCGCAAAUCAUAGGCUUCCCGUCCGACGAGGUGGUCAAGCUGGUCCGUCUACGCGGCCAGGAUAACGCGAUGGAGUUCUGGCGCCAACCUGCCGUCGUAGCUGAGCUGGAUUCGGCCAUGCGAUCUCGUCUCGCGGCGUCCGGACACAGGAUCUACGAGCCCAGCGCGCAUCCAGAGCCCAGACCCGAUCCCCCACCACAGCAGCAGCAGCCAGCACCGGCGAAGGGCAAGGGAAAACUGAGAAAGUCCUUCUGGGGACGCAUGGCGGGUGGCUCGGAUGAUCCGAUCAAUGACCAGAAACUUGGCUGGCGCGCUGAGGAGCCGGAGACAGAUGGGCAGCUGAGCAAGAUCCCAACGGGUCUGGUGAAGGUCUCUGUAGCCUGGAACGAAGUUGCUCUGCGCAUCGCGAAUGCCAUGGGACUGUAUGAGACGCAGCGUGGUCCAGCUCUCUGUCUAACCGUGGAAACACGUGACCAACUCUUAUCGAUAAACAAACUGCAUCCCACUUGGCUUCCUCUCUUCUUCAACGACGAGCAUCUCACAAACAGCGUUGUGUUCGAUCAUUACUUCCUAUCUGAUACCGUCGAAUACGCUCUCUACACCCUUAUCCAGCAGUAUAUCGCGUUAAUAACUAAGAUGGCGCCCUCAACACCCCUCUCCAUUGCAACUGGUGCGGUUCAGAGACUGGUCAAGGAGGAAGCUUCAUACCAGCGUGAAAAGGAAGACCAGGAACGGCGGAUCGAGAAGCUUUCAAAGGAUACUACGGACGAUGAGAACCGCGAGUACAUGAUUAACCAGGAGCGCAAAGCACUACAAGAGACCGAGAAGCUUCUACCUCGACUGAAAGAAAAGAUCACAGAGGCCGUUUCCAAGUUGGAACGUUUAAUUGAGGAAGAAGGUCAAAAGGGAAUGGACAGCGACGUUGCUCAGAUAACUGCCGCAAAGGAGGCGAUCUCUAAAUCGAAGACUGCCAUCAGAGAGAUUUCAUAG